UCUGCGCUGCGGAGAGGACGAGAAUCUCUUUGACCGAGAAUUGAUCUUGAAACGAAUCUGUCAUUAUUCCUGUCAUUCUAGCCAAGAGCACAACGUCCUCGACAAAAAAACUUAGUGUAGACUGCGAGUGAAGGAGAUACGAUAUUUAUUGCGCAGACGGUUUUUUCCAAUGCGGGAGGGGGACAAUAAAUCCUAUGCGUUGAUGUUUAUCACUGUGAGUUCACCCAAGUGAUUAUCGAGUAAAAAGUUGAACGUGAAAGACCUAUAAUUGGACCGUGUUCUAAACAAUCACUUUAGCAAUUUUAAUAUUGUUAUAUUUGUGGUGAAAUAAAUAAAACAAGGAUGUCAGACAUCGCGGGGGCAGUACAAGCAUCAGCUUCCCCGUACAAGAUAAUUGAUCAUGCGAGAGAAAGACGCAAGGGCAUAACAGCCUCGUCACUAAAAGAACUCACUGCCAUAGCUAGAAACCGAUUUGACUUGCCACAAGAAGAGCAUCUGACCAUUGUUUUGGAACAGGAUGGUACGGAGGUAGACGAUGAAGAAUACUUUGCUACGCUUGAGAGAAAUACAAGCUUGAUGAUCCUGUGCGGCGAUCAAAGAUGGUCGGCUGCUGGAAGCUCAGCUAGUGCAUCACGCUAUAUUCUGCUGGAUGAUACGGAUAGUGGAAAAGAAGGGACAUCAAGAAGGAGGGAACGUGGAAAUGGGGCACACAUUGAGCCUCUGGUCUCCUCACUGCGUGGAGAUCCAACCCACAUUUCGCUACUGGGUGGAAACGAUUUGGAACUGCUAAGUGAUAUGGAUCCAGAAAGUCUAGCAGACAUUGUGCCAGACAGGAUAUUCCUAGAGCAACUGAAGGAGGCGUCAGGAAGAUUUUUAGCUGAGAAACGACAGGCGCAGGAAUCAAUGGCACUAUUGCAGAUGUAUGCAAGCGGAGGAGAGAUGGAGCGGGCGUAGGCCAUGUGGGGGGUCGGCACCCUCACACUGGCAAAUAUGUACCGCAUUCGAAGGCGUCUUAUAUACAAAGGACGUCACAUUCAGCAAACGAUGAUUUUCAUCUGGAAUUAAGCCGAAAUUCCAUGUCAAAUUACCCAAUGAAUAUGGGGCAGAAGGAAGGGAGUAAAGUUUCUGUGAUUCAUAUGUGUAUAAAUAUCUGCAGACUGAAUGAUGGGCAAAUUUUUUUGUCCUACGUAAUGAUUAAUGGAUGAUCACAGCUUAUAAUAUACGCUCAUAAUAUUUGGCAUACCUUCUGCAUUACAGGUAUCGUACGUGUUUAAUUGGAAAGAAUAAGUAAUUGCAACUUUGCAUACAAUUGUGUACGUAAACAUACCCUACAUAGAAUUGCGUUAGGAAUUAAUCGGCUAUAGUGUACCGACCCUUUGCAAGAUAUCCAUUAAAGUAUCAAACCACCGCUGCCGAGGCUAGUGAGUAAAAAUAAUUUCCUUGCAAGGUAGCCACAUCGAUAUUGGCCCAAGGAUUAGGAUUAUGUAUGAUUUUUAUAGAUGUUUAUUACACAGUGUAUUUGUAUAAGAGAUAGGUUUUAGUUGAUACCAAGUUUUAUGAAAUGUUUAAGACUGAAUUUCAUUAUAUUGAGAGGUAAGUAAAGUUUCAUCCCCCAUUUAGAUCACAAUUUUCGCUCCACUAAAAUUAGCUGUUCGAUCCAUAAACCGAUCUUAGCACCCUUUGAUACCAGAAAAAGACAUAUUUGAUAGAAAACUAAUAACGAAAAGAAAAAAAAUAUACUUAAUUGUAUAGGUAUGCAUAUAUAUGUAUAUACAUACUGUAUAUUAUUAUCGAUCCGACCCGAUAAGGGCGUUCUUGCAUUUAAAAAAUCGAAUUUGGCAGCCUCGUAUCUAAUUCUUUUUUAGACGGCAUUUUUAUAAAUCUACGAUUAAUUAGGUAAUUUUCAUUACGGUAAAUUUUCACGAUUCACACGUUAAUACCAUACUCUAGAUGUAUGUGAUAUUUGAUAGAAUCUUAUAAAUUUAAUAGUUAAAUUUCGCAAGCACGUCGUUAUACACCGAUAAUUACCUAUAAUUAGCUAACGAUAGUUUAACCGGUAAAAUAAAAAAUGCCAAAUACAAUUAUAAUUUUAGAUGGAAACGAUGGUUUCCAAAGAAAUAGUAAUAAAUUAAAUAAAUUAAACCGCUCUUAGUUAAUAAUAAGAAUAAAUAGUACUGCCAAUAAUAAAACUUAAAUGCUCAAUCAUCAAGCCUCUGAUAAUGAUUUGAAAUUUCUUAGUUACCCGUGUAUAAGUGAGUAAACACACAUUGUAUCGUACAAUCGACAUAUUUACUGGGUAAAACAUGAAUGUCUAUCUAUAUUAUACCGUGUAUACUACACAAAAUAUUAAUAAAGCAUUUUAUUUACUGUCCAAUCAUCUAGUGGCGCCAUUAAAUUCAAACAUCGCAGAAACUGCUCAGAUUUUGAUACUAUG